CGUCGUAAUGGCCAGCGCCGCGGACGUGGCCGUGUUGGACCCCGUAAAUUUGGCCCGAAGCCCGCUCACGAACGAGAUCUGAUGCGACACCAGCGCGAACCCACUCCUGAUCAAUUGGAAGGCAUGAACGAAAGCAGAGAGUCCCGCUUCAAGGUGCUCGACGAUCUUUCUGAUAGUGACAGUGAGAAUGGCGAUGGCGUUAUGGACGCUGAGACUGAGGACGAGCACCCCAGAGCCAAACGUGCUCGAGUCAAGAGUAAGAGUCCCGUGGCUGAACAGGCCAAACCCAAAUGGUCAAAUCCUGAUCCUUAUACUGUGCUGCCUCCGCCUGGCGAGUCUGAGACGAAGAAGAGGGACGUCGUUAAGCUCAUCCGCAAAGCCAAGAUCGAGGCUGCAAAGCCUGCCGCUCCUGCUGCUGAGGGUGCGGACUUUAUUUCGCUCAACUUCGAUGAUGACUUUGCUCAAGAUGACAGCGAGGACGAAGGUGGUAUUUCGCUCUCUGCAUCUGUUGGGGGCGAGCCUCCUCUUCCCAAAAAGCCUUCCUUCAGCCAUCUAGAUCACCUUCAUCCAGACCGCAACAUUGCUCCACCCGCUCGUGUCGAAGAGUCCAAGGGUGUGAACAUGUCAGCGCCUGUAUCUCUACCCCGCCUUGAUGUUUGGCCUCCACCUGCGGACGUACAUGGUGACCCUUCAGGCCGCAGCCAAUAUCACACUGGCCUUCAGAGACAAGAAGCCAAGGAUGCAGUAGCACCAGUCCGAAAAGAGAACAGCAAGAAGCGCAAGCGUCGUGAUGAUGUAACACUUGGCGACACCAUCGAGGAAUGGAAAGCACCCGAAGGAACUGAUCCUGCUCCCUGGUUUGCCAACAAACUUCAAGGUCAUCGUGCUGAGCAGUGGCUUCACAACGAAAUUCUCGACUUCUAUGACUACGUCAAGCCUCGCGACUUUGAGAAUCAGGUUCGUGAAGAUCUGGUCAAGCGCAUCGAGAGCGUUGUCAGGAAGUCAUUCCCUGAUCUGAACGUUCGUGCUUUCGGAUCCUUCGCUUCAGGCCUUUAUCUACCCACCGCUGACAUGGACCUCGUUGCCUGCUCAACCCGAUUCCUGAAUGGCGGCUACGCAAACCCACAGCCAACAAAAAGUUGGAUGUACAAGUUUGCCAAUUGUCUCAAGAGAAAUGGCAUUGCCAUUGAGUCGUCAGUGACUGUUAUCGCCGGCUCCAGAGUGCCUCUGGUCAAAUUCGUGGAGAAAGUGACUGGUCUGAGGGUUGAUGUUUCGUUCGAGAAUGAUAGUGGACUUCUCGCCAACAACACCUUCCAGGUCUGGAAAGAGCGAUACCCCGCAAUGCCUAUCAUUGUAUCUUUGAUCAAGCAGUUCCUUGUCAUGAGAGACUUCUCCGAGGUCUUCAGCGGUGGUCUUGGUGGUUAUUCGGUUAUCUGCCUGACCAUCACCAUCCUCCGCGUCCUUGAGGAGCGCAACGGCGAUGACUGGGAUCCUAUGCAAAGUCUGGACACUGUUCUGAUGACUUUCUUUGUAUACUUUGGUAGAGAUUUUGAUGUUCACAACCAUGGUAUCCAGAUGGAGCCAUGGAACAUCGUCACAAAGAAAUCGUGGAGAAAUGCUAAAGGCCAACCAUCUAAGCACGACCGGCUCCUCAUCAUUGACCCCAACAAUUACAACAACGACAUUUCCGGAGGCUCGAGUGCAGUAAUGAAAAUCUUCGAGAGAUUCGCAAACGCUUUCAGAGAGCUCAACAUCUGUAUGUCUGAUGCCGAGGACUCGCACAAAGACAGCGGUGAUGUUAUCAGCAUUCUCGAGCGUGUGUGGGGUGGCAACUAUGCGCUCUUUGAAGCUCAGCGUUCCCGUCUGAGAGCUGUAUGGCAGCAG